UCUGGCUGCAGCUGGGGCUAUGGCGGUGGAGACUCUGUCGCCCGACUGGGAGUUUGACCGCUUGGACGACGGCUCGCAGAAAAUUCAUGCUGAAGUCCAGCUGAAGAAUUAUGGGAAAUUUCUUGAGGAGUAUACAUCCCAGCUAAGAAGGAUAGAAGAUGCGCUGGAUAGCUCUGUUGGUGAUGUCUGGGACUUCAGGCUUGACCCUAUAGCACUAAAGUUAUUGCCUUAUGAACAGUCUUCCCUGUUGGAGCUCAUAAAGACAGAAAACAAGGUCUUAAACAAAGUCAUCACUGUAUAUGCUGCUCUUUGUUGUGAAAUCAAGAAAUUAAAAUAUGAGGCUGAAACAAAAUUUUACAAUGGUCUUUUGUUUUAUGGAGAAGGAGCCACAGAUUCCAGCAUGGCAGAAGGUGAUUGCCAAAUUCAGAUGGGAAGAUUCAUUUCAUUCUUACAGGAACUGUCUUGCUUUGUGACAAGGUGCUAUGAAGUAGUCAUGAAUGUGGUCCAUCAACUGGCUGCACUUUAUAUCAGUAACAAGAUUGCACCCAAAAUCAUAGAAACAACUGGAGUUCAUUUUCAGACUAUGUAUGAGCACCUGGGAGAGCUGCUGACAAUUUUACUCACCCUGGAUGAAAUUAUUGAGAACCAUGCCACCUUGAAAGACCAUUGGACAAUGUAUAAAAGGUUACUAAAAUCUGUCCACCACAAUCCUUCCAAGUUUGGGAUCCAGGAAGAAAAACUGAAGCCAUUUGAAAAGUUUCUGCAAAAACUAGAAGGGCAAUUACUUGAUGGCAUGAUAUUCCAGGCCUGUAUAGAGCAGCAGUUUGAUUCCCUUAAUGGAGGAGUAUCUGUAUCAAAGAAUAGCACUUUUGCUGAAGAAUUUGCACAUAGUAUACGCACAAUUUUUGCAAACGUUGAAGCCAAACUUGGUGAACCCUCAGAAAUUGACCAGAGAGACAAAUAUGUGGGAGUUUGUGGACUCUCUGUGCUGCACUUCCAGAUUUUCCGGACUGUAGAUAAAAAAUUUUAUAAAUCUUUACUGGACAUUUGUAAGAAGGUUCCAGCCAUCACUUUAACUGCUAAUAUCAUUUGGUUUGCUGAUAACUUUUUGAUUCAGAAAAUGCCAGCUGCUGCCAAACUCUUGGACAAAAAAAGCCUUCAUGCUAUUAAGACACACAGGGACACUUUUCUACAACAAAAGGCCCAGUCACUCACCAAAGAUGUACAGUCUUACUACGUCUUUGUUAGCUCAUGGAUGAUGAAAAUGGAAGCCAUUUCAUCUAAAGAACAGCGAAUGGAUAAGUUUGCUGAGGACCUCACCAACAGAUGCAGUGUUUUUAUACAGGGUUUCUUAUAUGCAUACAGCAUUAGCACCAUUAUUAAGACUACAAUGAAUCUGUACAUGUCCAUGCAGAAGCCUAUGACCAAAACUUCAGUCAAAGCAUUAUGCAGACUUAUUGAGCUGCUCAAGGCAAUAGAGCAUACCUUUUACAGAAGAAGUAUGGUGAUGGCUGAUUCUGUUUCACAUAUAACCCAGCACCUUCAGCAUCAAGCUCUUAAUUCUAUUUCUGUGGCCAAGAAAAGAGUCAUUUCAGACAAGAAGUAUAGUGAGCAGCGCCUUGAUGUCCUCUCUGCCCUUGUGUUGGCCGAGAACACUCUCAAUGGGCCGAGCACCCGUCAGAGGCGCCUCAUCCUUUCCUUGGCCCUGAGUGUGGGCACCCAGAUGAAAACAUUUAAGGAUGAAGAACUCCUCCCUCUCCAAGUAGUGAUGAAAAAACUGGAUCUAAUUAGUGAACUUAGAGAAAGAGUCCGAACACAAUGUGAUUGCUGUUUCCUAUACUGGCAUCGAGCUGUCUUUCCUAUUUAUUUAGAUGAUGUGUAUGAAAAUGCUGUUGAUGCAGCUAGAUUACAUUAUAUGUUCAGUGCUUUACGGGACUGUGUGCCUGCCAUGGUGUGUGCAAGACAUUUGGAGUCUUAUGAAAUCCUUCUGAAUUGCUAUGACAAGGAGAUUAUGGACAUUUUAAAUGAGCACCUGCUGGAGAAGUUAUGCCGAGAGAUAGAGAAGGACCUGCGUUUGUCUGUGCACACCCACCUCAAGUUGGAUGACCGGAAUCCAUUCAGAGUUGGCAUGAAAGACCUGGCCCUUUUCUUCUCUCUGAACCCCAUUCGUUUCUUCAAUCGCUUUAUCGACAUCAGAGCUUUUGUAACACAUUAUUUGGACAAGACUUUCUACAACCUGACGACGGUUGCUCUUCAUGAUUGGGCCACUUAUAGUGAAAUGAGAAAUUUAGCAACUCAGCGUUAUGGCUUGGUUAUGACAGAGGCCCAUCUUCCCAGCCAGACUUUGGAGCAGGGUCUGGAUGUUUUGGAAAUCAUGAGAAACAUUCAUGUAUUUGUGUCCCGAUACCUCUACAACCUCAAUAAUCAGAUAUUUAUUGAACGGACUAGCAACAACAAGCAUUUGAAUACAAUUAAUAUCCGACACAUUGCAAAUUCAAUCCGUACCCAUGGUACAGGAAUCAUGAACACAACAGUUAAUUUCACCUAUCAAUUUUUGAGGAAAAAGUUCUAUAUAUUUAGCCAGUUUAUGUAUGAUGAACAUAUCAAAUCCAGAUUGAUCAAAGAUAUCCGAUUUUUCAGGGAAGUUAAGGACCAAAAUGACCACAAGUAUCCUUUUGAAAGAGCAGAAAAAUUCAAUAGAGGAAUCAGAAAACUUGGAAUAACACCAGAUGGACAGAGUUACCUGGAUCAAUUUCGACAGCUGAUCAGCCAAAUAGGUAACGCCAUGGGCUAUGUGCGAAUGAUCAGGUCGGGUGGUCUCCAUUGUAGCAGCAAUGCCAUCAGGUUUGUUCCUGAUCUUGAAGAUAUUGUAAAUUUUGAAGAGUUGGUUAAAGAAGAAGGGCUUUCAGAAGAAACACUCAAAGCAGCAAGGCAGCUGGAUUCAGUCCUCAGUGAUCACACACGGAAUUCUGCAGAAGGCACAGAGUAUUUCAAAAUGCUUGUGGAUGUUUUUGCUCCUGAAUUCCGGAGUCCCAAGAACAUGCACCUCCGAAAUUUCCACAUCAUUGUCCCUCCCUUGACUCUCAAUUUUGUAGAACAUUCAAUUAGCUGCAAGGAAAAAUUGAAUAAAAAGAAUAAAAUGGGAGCAGCUUUUACUGAUGAUGGCUUUGCCAUGGGUGUGGCGUAUAUUCUCAAGCUUCUGGAUCAGUAUCAGGAGUUUGAUUCACUUCACUGGUUCCAGUCUGCCCGAGAGAAGUAUCUCAAGGAGAUGAGGGCUGUGGCUAAGCAGCAGACUGUGCAGUCAGCCAGUCAGGAUGAGAAACUGCUGCAGACGAUGAAUCUGACCCAGAAGCGCCUCGAUGUCUAUUUACAGGAAUUUGAAUUACUCUAUUUCUCACUGAGUAGUGCAAGAAUUUUCUUUAGAGCAGACAAGACUGCAGCUGAAGAAAACCAAGAGAAGAAAGAGAAAGAAGAAGAAAAUAAAACAAGCAAUGGAGACCACGUGACCAGCAGUGGCUCUGCCCUCACUGAUCCUGUUGUGAAGUGAUUCUGAGGGUGGGCUUGGGGAGUGUGAGGUAACCAAGCACUGUUUACAUUGGCGGCAGAGAGUGUAGCUUGGACCUUAGAAACCUUGAGAUGAAUGGAUUGUUGACUGGGCCAGCUCAUCUCUAGACAUGUAUGUCAAGGACCUUCUUUGGGGGCCAGGCUUUAAAGCUAUCUCCUUUUUAAAGACUUUCCUUUUAGAAGGUGCUGAAAGAAUUUUCAAAAGUUGGUUCUGGCCUUUGAUAGCCUACAAAAUAACCUGCUUCUUUUUUGGAUGGUUCUUGAUUGAAGUUAAUAGGAAUGCAAACCUGCAUUCCUGUCCUGCCAUCGGCAGAUCUCCUGGGGCCCACAUGUAUGUUGGGAGUUUGUAUUUUUAUUGGCUGUUGAUUUAUGAUUUGUAUUAAGUCAGUUAAAGUUUCAACUAUUAUGACAACAAAUUUAAAAUAGAUAUUGUGCAUAUCUAGGAAAUAGAGUUUAAAUAUAGAGAUUAAUGGUCAUUCUAAAAGCAUAUGUGACACUUUAAAGUGAGUUAGAACAAAACCAUUAUUAUGGCCUGGAUUGUUUGAGAAGCUUGAGGCCUUGGGUGCCCAUUAAAGGCAGUUUGAGAUCAUCCAUUAUUAACAUGUAUGUGGACCUCCCAGGGCUCUGGAAGUCUGCUGUGAGCUUUUUUACCCUCAGUUUACAUGCUCUGAAAACACUUAAGCCACAAUUACAUUAAAUUAUAAUUUGAAAGUUUAUUUCUUGGUACUCAUAAUUAAGGAAAAUUAAAGUGAGGGCCAGUUUUUUUUUCCCCAGAAACAGGUUGAAGUUGUAUAGGCUAGCUAUCAGAAUAUUAGAUGAAGGCUUAUUCCAACAUUCACACUCAGGUUUCUUUUUAGAUCAAGCCUGAAUUCCAGGGAGAUUGGACACACUUUUUGUUUUGUACAGGUUAUAAACCAGGUGGAUUCUCAUGAAAUAAUAUUUGCACUGUGCAGGCAUAAAAAAAUAACCACUGUGAGAAUAAGAUAUAAUGUAGUAACUGAAAUCACUUACUGCUUUUAUAGCUUCGAGAGGGUUUCAGUAUCAUUUACCAUUGGCUGGCUACUAGUUUUAUUUUUGUCAAGUCGUGCCAACUAACAACUAAAAGGCCAAUCUUAACACAUUAAAAUGCUACACUUAGAGUAAAAAGGGAUUUAACGUUAUUAAUAUAGUUCAGAUUUAAAUCUGGGAACGACUGGUUUUCUUUUGCAUUUGCCUGUCAAUGACUCCAAGGUUGGUCUUUGAUUUCCACCUUUUGGAGGCCAUGCAUGGUGUCCUUCCAUGUACUCCGUGUACUACUCAUUGAUGAGAGUCAGUGUUACCUCUUCUAAAAUAAACAUGUUUCAUGUAAAAGUCAAAGGAA